GAGAGACAUCCAAACAUGGGAAACAUUUAUAUAUAACAACAACAACAACAAGAGACAGCAAAACUUUGUGAACCUCCUGUCAUGCGACAUCAUUUUCCUAGGAAGGAUCUGAUCUUUCUUUCAGAUUCUUAUUGCCCAGACAGGGUUUGGAUAUGAAAGGAUCGGUAUAGAGAGACAAGAUCGAAUCUUUCCUUGGGGGAUUUCAUUUCAAAGGAUUUGUUUUUGUCUGAAGAGAUCAAGAACACAAAAGAAAAAAAAAGAGAAAGAAAAUUAAAAAAUGAUGAAGCUUUGUCCUUGUUUCAUCAAUCCACAACAUCUUGGACCUAAUUCGCCUAGAGAUUCAUUUGAUGAAGGUCUUACAGCUUAUAGAGGCCAAAGCCGAAAACUUUUCGCUAUCUUCACAUUUCGUUCACGCCGAAAAGGAAGCUGCAGGCAGAAGUAUAUAACGGACGAGAUAAAGAAGUACGGGAACGUCAAGAACUGUGGCAGAAUCUUCAAAUUCAAGGAACUAAUAGCUGCAACGGACAAUUUCAGUAUGGACUGUAUGAUUGGAGAAGGCGGUUUCGGAAGAGUUUACAAAGGAUUCCUUAGCAGCCUCAAUCAGGUGGUGGCUGUAAAGAGGCUUGACAGGAAUGGUUUGCAAGGAACAAGGGAGUUCUUUGCUGAAGUGAUGGUAUUGAGUCUGGCUCAACAUCCAAACCUUGUUAAUCUCAUUGGCUAUUGUGUAGAAGACGAGCAACGAGUCCUCGUUUAUGAAUUCAUGCCCAACGGAUCUUUGGAAGAUCAUUUGUUUGACUUACCAGAAGGGGCACCAAGUCUAGACUGGUUCACGAGAAUGCGGAUAGUGCACGGUGCAGCUAAAGGGCUCGAGUAUUUGCAUGACUACGCAGAUCCUCCUGUGAUCUACCGCGAUUUCAAAGCUUCAAACAUAUUGUUACAAUCUGAUUUUAACUCAAAGCUAUCGGAUUUUGGGUUAGCUAGGCUUGGACCAACUGAAGGCAAAGAUCAUGUGUCCACUAGAGUCAUGGGAACAUACGGAUACUGUGCUCCUGAAUAUGCAAUGACUGGUCAACUCACGGCUAAAUCCGAUGUCUACAGCUUCGGCGUUGUCCUGCUUGAGAUCAUUUCCGGAAGACGAGCUAUUGAUGGUGAUAGACCAACCGAAGAACAAAACUUGAUCUCUUGGGCGGAACCGUUGUUGAAAGAUAGAAGGAUGUUUGCACAUAUUGUGGAUCCAAAUCUAGAAGGGAAUUACCCAGUAAAAGGGUUGCAUCAAGCUUUAGCGAUUGCAGCGAUGUGUUUACAAGAAGAAGCAGAGACUAGGCCAUUGAUGGGAGAUGUGGUCACAGCACUUGAGUUCUUAGCUAAGCCUAUAGAGGUCAUUGAUAACACUAAUACUGAUCCUGCCUCUGCUACUCAGACAUCAUCAUCUGAUUCAUAAAAAUACAUUUUCCAAUCCUUUAAACCAUUAAGUUUUCUUUUCAUUUUUUUUUUCUUUUAACGUAAAACCCAAGAAAGUAAUUAGGGUUAGAGUUCGAAGUCAAGUCGGAUGCAAACAAUUCUUUGUAAUUUGAUGUAAUUUGGCAUUGUGGGGAGAUCGCAUCAUCUGUGAAUCACAGUGUUAAUCUCAUACUAAACUUUUUUUUGUU